CCGGGGCAGCAAUUCCAGCUCAGGCCCACCGUACUCAUUGGGCCAGCAGAAUUUGGCCCAAAUCCGAUGUCCGCUCGGUCAGACCCCGAGUCGUGGUUCAUGCGUUCCGAUCGGACCGGUACGAGCCGAGUUGAACGACACAGAAGCGGUUAGCUCCGACGUCAGCGCCUAAAUCUCACAAUAUGGAAUCCGCGACGGAAGGCAUUUCCAAGCUCGGCAUCAAUGGCGAUUUCGCGUCCUCGGUCCCUAAUCUGCACAAGAACCUCUCGCUUCUGUCGCCUGAUCAGAUCGAGUUGGCGAAGAUGCUUGUGGCGAUGGAACAAAGUCACUUGUUCACCAACUGGCCGGAGCCUGGGGUUGACGACGGCGAGAAGAAGGCAUUCUUCGAUCAGGUGACUCGGCUGAAUUCAAGUUAUCCGGGAGGUCUUGCAUCUUAUAUUAAGACAGCCAGGGGACUCUUAUCUGACUCCAAAACGGGGAAGAACCCUUUUGAUGGGUUUACACCUUCGGUUCCAACAGGAGAGAACCUGAGCUAUGGUGACGAAACAUUUAUGAAAUUUGAGGAAGCGGGCGUGAAGGAAGCUCAGAAUGCAGCAUUUGUGCUUGUUGCUGGUGGGCUUGGGGAGCGCCUUGGUUACAAUGGUAUUAAGGUAAACACUCUCUGUUUCCAGACUACAACAGGAGCUUGUUUCUUGCAGCACUACAUUGAAAACGUUCUGGCCCUUCAGGAAGCCAGCUGUAAAGUCACUGGAGGUCAAUCUGAAAGGGAUAUUCCGUUUGCAAUCAUGACAUCAGAUGACACACAUGCACGUACAAUGCAGCUUUUGGAAUCAAACAAAUAUUUUGGGAUGAAACCUGCUCAGAUAAAACUUCUUAAACAGGAGAAAGUUGCAUGCUUAGAAGAUAAUGAUGCAAGGCUUGCAUUGGAUCCUCAAAACAAGUUCAGAAUUCAGACAAAACCUCAUGGUCAUGGUGAUGUUCAUGCACUUCUUUACUCAAGUGGGGUACUUGAAGAAUGGCAGCGGGGUGGUGUGAGGUGGGUUCUAUUCUUUCAAGACACCAAUGGACUUCUCUUCAAGGCAAUUCCUGCUUCAUUGGGAGUCAGUGCCACUAAAGGGUAUCAUGUUAACUCGCUUGCUGUUCCUCGCAAAGCUAAAGAAGCUAUUGGUGGAAUCACUAAGCUUACUCAUACAGACGGAAGGUCAAUGGUGAUCAAUGUAGAGUACAAUCAACUUGACCCAUUGCUGAGAGCAACUGGGAAUCCUGAUGGAGAUGUUAACUGUGAGACUGGCUAUUCGCCUUUCCCAGGAAAUAUCAACCAAUUGAUUAUGGAACUUGGUCCUUACUUUGAGGAGCUGAAGAAAACGGGAGGAGCUAUAAAGGAGUUCGUAAAUCCAAAAUACAAAGAUGCCAGUAAAACUGCAUUUAAGUCAUCCACCCGUCUGGAGUGCAUGAUGCAGGAUUAUCCAAAAACCUUGCCUCCAUCGGCAAGGGUUGGAUUUACGGUUAUGGAUGCAUGGGUUGCUUAUGCUCCAGUUAAGAAUAACCCUGAGGAUGCUGCCAAGGUACCCAAAGGAAAUCCAUAUCACAGCGCGACGUCUGGAGAAAUGGCUGUCUAUCGCGCAAACAGCCUCAUCCUCAGAAAUGCUGGUGUGCAAGUAGAAGAUCCAGUGCAGCAGGAAUUCAAUGGGCAAGAAGUGGAAGUGUGGCCUCGUGUUGUAUGGAAGCCAAAGUGGGGUCUAACAUUUGCAGAUGUCAAGAAGAAAGUUGCUGGAAGUUCGUCCAUUUCCCAAAAGUCUACCUUAGCUCUUAAAGGUCGUAACAUAUUCAUCGAAAAUCUCUCGUUGGAUGGAGCUCUUGUUGUCGAGUCGGGUGAUGGAGCUGAGGUGAAAGUUGGGGGUUCGGUCAAGAACAAGGGUUGGGCCAUCGAGAAAGUCGACUACAAGGACACCUCUGUACCCGAGGAAAUAAGAAUCAGAGGGUUCAGAUUCCAGAAAACGGAGCAGCUCGAGAAGCAGUACACUGAACCGGGGAAAUUCGAGUUGAAAGCAUGAGCUUCUAAUCACUACUGAGUUCAACAACAACAAAGAGGGAAGACUUGUUCAGGGGGGAAAAAAGAAGCGUAUAUAGGCCUAUCAAAAGUGACGGUCGACCACGUCGUACAGGAAAUUCUUGCUUUUACUUGUUUCGUUCAGGAGGAAGAAAGGGGGAAAAAAGGAGUGUCUCUUGCUUUUACUUGUUCAGAAUAGGAAGAUAGAAGCUUCUUACGUUUGCAGCCUGCAGGCUUUUCAUUUUUUUUUUAAUCUUUUGAAGAAUGUUUCUGUAAGACUUGGCGAUAUUUGAAGAAGGUUUCUGUAUUUUGGUAGCAUGUUGAUGGGUAAGUGCAAGUUGCUGAGAUAACUUGACCAAUAUUUUGCGAUUUCAACGAAUAGAUGCAUAUAGUGGCAU